AUGCAAUUCGUUUGAUCCAAAAUGGCUGCCUCCAUGCAACUCAAUAUGGUGAAAGCGGCUCUGCGGGUUUCUUUGCAGGGUGUGGAAUGUUUACUGAAUCCUGCCCGCUUGGCUGCAUCCUCUCUCAUGAUCCCAGUGAGAACAAAGAAGCGACAUUGCAUUCCACCUACUGCCAACUCAAAGUAUUUGACACCAGAAGAAUAUAAGCGGCGUGCCAGGGCUGCGGGCAUUGUAGUUCCUCAUGAACGAUUAGUACGCCCCAUCAAUAUUUCUUGCACAUCUGGGAUCCUCGACCCUUAUGUUCCUCCAGAAGGAGAUGCUCGCAUUUCAUCUUUGUCGAAGGAGGGAUUGAAGCAAAGGGUAGAACAGCUCAAGCAGAGUGUGGCUUCACAGUUGGCAAUCCGGAAGAUCAAAGAUCACGUUCCUGAUUUCAGCACCAAAAUUUUUGCAGAAACAGCCCAGGAAAUUUUUAUUGACGCUCACAACAACUUGACAAACUUUAACAGACAUAAGCUUCACGCUUUAGUGACGGAACGCUGUUUUCCGGAGAUGGUACGUGGGAACAGAUUCAAGACUAUCCGGUGGAGCUUUGUGGAGUCCCUGGAGGCCCCUCGUGUGGUUCAAGUGCGAUCCACUGAUAUGGUGAGCAAGAGCAACUUGUAUGGACAAGUGACAGUCCGCAUGCACACCCGGCAGACACUAGCUAUCUACGACCGGUUUGGACGGCUGAUGUAUGGUGGAGAGGAGAUACCAAAGGACUGCCUGGAGUACGUGAUCCUGGAAAGACACCUGGUUAACCCAUACGGUGCGUGGCGGUUGCACGGCAAGAUUGUUCCAUCUUGGGCUCCGCCGAAAGACUCCAUCACGAAGACUGUUAUGAUCCCAGGCCCAUCUCUGGAUCUUUCGCAGGAAUAUGAAGAAGUCAGCAUUCCGGAGGCUACACCAGCGCAGGCCACACCAGCGCAAGCCACACCAGCGCAACAGAUUGUGUGAUAUAAAUAAUGUCCAAGGGGUGGAUUAAGAUAGAAUUUGUUGUGUCUUACGGGGGGCACUCUAGAAUUGUUGACGCGUGGCAUACUCUUUCAUGCCUCCUUGUGCAAGUGUUUGGUCUUGAACUUCUAAUGAAGCCUCAAGCUGCUUAAAGACCUUUGAACUGUUUGUCAUGCCACAGUCCCAUCAGAGCUGCUGGAUCUUCACAGCUUCUUCAGCUUCUGUCUGGAGGCUGAUUACUGCAUAUCUUCAAGUUCUGGCUGAAAUAUUGAUCGGUAAAGAAGUGAGGCUUGAAGGCAGUGCCUCUAAUACUUAGGGAAUAAAAAGGAAAGCGCCAUCCCUCAGUGCUGUCCGGAAUCCAAACCUCUGCUGUUGAAGACUGUGCUUUCUAAUGCCCGUAAUGCAUUAGGGCAGGCUAUCUACCCUGUGGUCCUGAGAUUUAUGCACAUGGUCGGAGGCAUGCACAUUCUUUCACAGGUUGUAAGGUGAGACUUAGCAGUGAAGAGCAUUUAUAGAGAGGAACUCUCAAGCAGGUUAACACCUAGAAAUAAGCCAGCUAGCUUUCAUUGGAGACCCUCUUGAAGUUCAAUUAAGCAACCUUUCCACAAGAAGUUCUUCUCCUUGACCUAUCACAUUUUCCCAGCUCUCAAGCAAUAUAAUAUUUUUUUUGCUAGCCAGAUAAGAUUAUAAAACUCAUAAACGCACGAAGCUCCCUUAUCCUGAA